AUUAAAGUUGAACGACACAAUUUUAACUACACAAAGUGGUAAAUCAUUCAUAAGUUAUUUCUACGUUACAAGACUUGCAGUCGUGACACUUUUAGUUCUUAACAUGUUGACAUAAAUAAAUAUGCAAUUACAGUGCCUGUAAUGUUGAAAUCUCCCACUGCUAUAAUAAGACAGCCGAUCCACAUGCCGCACAAGAGGCCCUUUUUUUACUGAGCACCUGCCCCCCAAAAUGUCUGUGCACGCCACUGCACAUGAGCCGACAGAGCGUGAAAGUCGGGCUCACGCCGUGGACAGGUCGCCUGUCCAUCACAGGGACACAGAGACAAACAACCGUUCACCUAAGGCCUUGAGUUUGACACAUGUGCUAUAAAAGCUGCCUGUGAAUUUCCAACUGCAAAACCUCAUCAUGACACUUGCUAAAUUGUGAUUUGAAAAAAAUAAAAUAAGACGUCAUCACUGGUCACAACUUAAACAAACAUGGCGCUGGCUUCAAAAUGGCUGUUGACAAAGUUGAGCGGUGACAUCAUGGUUGAAUGGGAAAGCUUGGCUGUGUACGUGGAAAUCAGAUGGUCUGUCUGCCCAUUCCCAGCCUCUCAGUCAACAACAACAACAACAACAACAAGCUGUUAACAGACUUACCAUCAUAUUUCAGGCUGUGACACAGACGGGUGGAGAUGGACGGACUCCAAAGCUGCCCUGACGGAAUUAAAGGAUGGAGCGGGAAGAGUGUGUGGGGGGCGGGGACCCAAACAUGAUGAAAACAUCAGAGCGAUUGGCAGAGAUCACUGGAUGAGAGGAAGCAUUUGCUGAUUGUAGAGGAUAAGAGGAUUAAUGACCACAGCUGACUGCACUGCAGAGUGUCCAUCAGCAUCACUGUCUCUCUCUCUCUCUGUCUGUCUGUCCAUCAUCUCUCUGUCUGUGAUUGUGGAGCUGUCAUUUGGUGGAGUUGUUGAUGUAGAAUGGAGAUAUCUGGAGUCCUGAGCAGCAGCAGCAGCAGAAGCAGGAGCAGCAGCAGCAGCAAGAGGAGGAGAGUUUUGUCCACGACUGUGAUGCUGAGUGAAGUCGACAGCAGAGCUGAACAGCGCUGACUCCUCCACUGGCUGAGUUUUCCCUGGAGAAACAUGCGUCUCCUCACAGGACUCCUCUUCCUUCUCUGCUCCUCAUAUUCACCUCCUCUGGUCCAGAGCUCACGCCCGUGUCCACACCUGUGUGCGUGCUACGAGCACGCCGACCUGGUGGACUGUGGCGCCCGCGGCUUUGAUCGCGUUCCCAGCGGCCUCCCACACGGCACAUGGCUGCUGGAGCUGGGCAAAAACAACCUGAGCGAGGUUGGUACCAGAGCCUUCACUGGACUGUGGUCACUGCGGGUGCUGGUGCUGACCAACAGCCACAUACAACUCAUACAACCACAGGCAUUUUUCUCAUUGUCCUUCCUGGAAAAGUUGGAUCUCAGCUGGAACCAGUUGACCUCUCUCCCUGCAGACUUCUCCACCAGUCUGCUGGCGCUCAGAGAGCUCAGACUGGAGCACAACAGCUUAUGUUAUAUACCUGCAUAUAGCUUUAAGUAUCUGGACAACAUGGAGAAGCUGGACCUCAGCUAUAACCAGCUGGUGUCUUUUGGCUCCGGUGUGUUCAGAGGUCUCUCCAGACUCAGACAACUCUACCUGCAUAACAACAGACUGACUGUGGUGCAGCACGGCAGCCUGGAUAUGCUGCCUGCACUCGAGAUUCUCCAGCUGAGCAACAACAACAUCUCUCUGAUAGACAGCGAUGCUCUGGCUUCUCUCUACAGCUUGGCGAUUCUCACUCUGGAGGGAAACAAUCUGCGUCACCUCAAGUUCAAAACCUUCGUCAGUCUGCACACGACAGCCACACACAUCCAGCUGUCAGGAAACCCAUGGAGCUGUGACUGUGAGCUGCACCGCGUCUUCAGUAAGAUCUUGCACGUUCGCCACCUCCACGUCGACGACUACAGGAACGUGACGUGUCAGGAGCCGCCGCAGCUGACCGGGGCUUCGCUGGCCUGGCUGGACAGCCAGCUCUGCAUCGCAGAGACAGCCACUGUGCUGGUCAUCACCGUCACCGUGAUGGUCACCGUUGUGGCGGCUUUGGUGAUGGCCGAGAGGAACAGGAAGAGGAACCGGGGAAAGAGCUGGGACUCUGAGUCACAGAGUCACACUCACAGCCCACUGUCCUGAGACGAGGAAGCUCGCAGGCUUCAGCCACCACCAACCACCAACCGAUGAGUUUUUAAUAAGGACAAUGUAAAUAUGUAAAGCCCUGUGUAUUUUGUUUUUAGUGACAUUUAGAGCAGCAGUGGAGAAAUAUCACAUUGUGAGAGGAGACUGCAAUGCGACAAUAACGGACUGUACAAACGUUAUAUAAUUUAAAAAUCCAUCUACAAAGUUUUGCUUUCAGUCAUCUAUAUUUGAACUCAUCUCCACAGCAGUUCCUUGCUUUUCUUCUCCUCUGGUUGAGACUUUUUUGAGAGGAAUCCUGAGGCUUUUUAGGUCUGGUAUUAUUGGAGACAUGGUUUUCCUGACUCAACCUUUCCAUUUAUCUGCGUUUGGAAUCGGCACAAGGUGAACACUGGAGUGUGUAAUUAACAUACCUGGAUAGUGCAAUCCAAGGUCUGAUUACCCCUGUAUGUAUACGCUUAGUCGCACUGGAGUUGCACCUAAAUUUGUCCCCGCUCUUUGACCCGGAAGUAGAAGGAUAUGAUGUGUAAACGUAUAAAGAGUGGACACUACGGCAAGAGAAGACCCCCUUACGGACUAAUAUUUGUCCAUCUCGUCGUCCGCUGUUUGUUUUUCUGUGACAUAAAGGUCAACAGGAAACUCAUUCUAAAUGCACUCGCUUGCAGAGAGACACAGCGCCACCUACGGAGGCGGAGUCAUACGCAAACAGACAAUUCAGUCUCCGCGUGUAAACUCGGACAUGGCGCCUGUUUAAGUCAGACUACGGCUUUAGCUCGAUUAAACUGUGCAUGUGAACGAGUGA